AACAGGCUUGCAGGCAAUAUGGCGUCGUCUAGUAGAACGCAGGUUAUAUCCCUGUAUCGAAUGCUUAUGCGAGAGAGCAAGAAAUUCCCUUCAUAUAAUUACAGGACCUAUGCCCUGCGCCGAGUGAAGGAUGGCUUCAGAGAGAAUCGCAUCGUGGAUAACCCAAAAACGUUGGACCUCCUCCUCAACCAGGCCCGUGAGAGCUUGGCAGUCAUCAAGAGACAGGUCUCCAUUGGCCAGCUGUACUCUGCCCAGAAGACCAUCGUGGAGGAGAAAGGCCUCUGAGUAGGACAGCAGGAUGGGGUGCCUGCCCACUGCCAGUGGGAGGAGCCUGGGCAUUGGAACAUUGCCUCUGCUGCCUGGGCAUUCAUGGAGUGGGGUGGGGUGAUUCCAGUCUGGGGUGGGGGGCAGGUGGGCAGGAUUAAGAUCUGGACCUCUUGUCAUUCCUAGUCAACCCUAUCCCCAGGAUUGGUCGUUGAGAUUGGCCCUCCUCAACGUGAGAUGUGCAACUGUAAUGUAGUAUGAGAUUGUACAGUCAGCUUUCCUUUACUAUGCUUCAUUUUUAAAAAUAUAUUUCAAUGUCAUUUUCCUUCAAAAUUGUGCACUAAUUAAAAACACUCAUUUGAAAUGCCCAUUUUAUGGGCUUUCUAAGCCUGAGCACACAAGUACAAAACACACAAAUGUACAUGUAUAAUCAUGCAGACUGCGGCUUCUGAGCAAUCAGUGUCUGCAUAGGUGGUGACUGACUGAGAGAGCUGUGUAAACUCCAUAUUACGCAAUGUUAUCAACAUUAGCUGGGACUUUGGUGGUCAUUUCUCAGUAACCAUGGCAAUGAAACUAUGUGAAAGUUUUCAAACAAACCACAUAUUGGCAUCUGUACAUAAACAAAGCUAAACUAUGCUGCCUGAUAUAGAAAUCAAACAUAUUUAACAUACAGCUUGGAACUGUGGGGAAGACUGGGUUAUCCCAACAUAGCAUGAAGUACAAUGACACUGCAGCAUUGCUGGACUGUCAGCCAAUCAAAGAGGUAGAAGGCUCUGACACACAAUGCAUCGUCCUUAGGGGUUUGAUCUCGGCCCAGCACUGACCUUGUCUUUGGGCAUGCAGCCAGUGUCAGUGAUGACUUUAUGCUGCGACCAGUGAAACACUUCCUCUGACAGUCCUGAGAGCAGCAUGUCCUACCUCCCAUGGUCAUGGAGGGUGUAUGCCCUCAGUAUGGGUGCGGUAAUGAGUUACCCAGUGCUCUUUUACCCCUGGCCUAUCAACACAUUGACAGAAUUGGCUUGCUUAGGCUCUGUAAGUUGGACAGACUAGACAGACUUGGGGUUGACUUGCAAUAUUUUAAUGUUUGUAGAUGCAGGGCUCAUAACUGAAAGGUUGCUGGUUCGA